AUGGGCGCAGUAGCGUCGGGAGGCUGCGGAUGUGAGGAAUCUUCCAGGGAUAAGCCGGCGGAGAGCAUAAACGGCAACGUUGAAGCCAUCAAAAUGAGACACGGUAACACGGCGCUUCAUUCAGCUGCUGUGAGAGGAAGUGCGAAUGAGAUUAAAGCCUUGGUACUUGAAAGAAAGGCUGACGUGAAUUGCCGCCAUGCUGUAUCAGAAAAUAUCCAUGGCCAAACCCCACUGCAUCUCUGCGUAUUGUCCUGUGCGGACUUUGAUAAAGUCACGAUAGCAAAGCUUUUGGUUUCACUGGGGGCUCGAACUUACAUCGAAGAUCACCAUGGUCUCUCCCCUUUGGAUGUGGCAAUAGACUGCGGAGCGAAGGAUGUGGAAUUGUACCUGAAGGAAGCCUCAGUAAUUCUUGGUUCAUUGACAUGCCGUCCUCUCACAGAUUUGCAGACCAGAACGUCCAAGGACAAUCUUGAUAGCCAGCGAAACGAUUCACCUCUUCACAAGGAGAAAGCCAGGUUGGAGAUCAACACUAGUCAGGAGGGGUUUUCUGCAACCCCGGAAUCAAGUCCCAUGACGGAUCGCGCCUUGGCUCUUUCACCUGGAUCCUAUCAGUUCGGCGUUGCCUUCGAUCCAACGCUGCCCCUUCCCACAAGCCUGCAAGGUCUACAGAUGCAGGGAGUACUGUUCGAGAGAGUGCAAGGCGAUCCUACAAGUUGGGAUGAAAUCUUCAUGGCGCUCAGGCCAGUGCAGAUGCCUCUCACGCUGGAGAGCAAAUUGAUUCCCAGAGAGAUUGCUGAUUGCAAGUGCACGGGAGGAGACGGCAAGGGAGGAGGAGUUUCUGCGCUGGGAGUUGAACGAGACUGGGUUCCGUAUUGA